AUGAGUUCUUCUGCAAUCGAGCUAAACAAGCUAUCGAGCUUAGCCUCGACAAAGCUUGAUGAUUCGCUCGAGGUAGCGACUCGAAUGCCACUCCCACCUUCGACAUCGACCGUUUAUCUCGACCGAACGCGCACCGUCGCGACCUUAGACUAUUCAUGCAAUGAUACAGGUAGCCAAAAUAUUGCGAGAUUGCCACCUACAGACCGUGGAUUCGACGCAUGGACGUUUCUCGUCGCUGCGUUUUGCGUAGAGACGAUUGUGUGGGGUUUUCCCAGCGCCUUUGGUGUCUUCCUCGACGCAUACUUGCGUGAUGCUCGGUUUGCCAACCAACCGCACGCAGACACUCUGCUUCCGCUCAUUGGUAACCUGACAUCGGGAAUCUUGUAUUGUACCGGGCCGUUUGUGUAUCCAAUUAUUUACCGGUAUCCUCGGUCCCGCAGGCCGGCAAUGUGGCUGGGUAGUGCGAUCUGUUUUGGCAGUUUGAUGGCAGCGAGUUAUACUACCAAGGUAACCAAUCUUGUCGCGUACCAGGGAGUCCUCUACGCGUUGGGAGGAGUAUUGCUCUCCCAUCCAUGCCUCUCCUAUACAUCCGAAUGGUUUGUCGAAAGGCGUGGGUUGGCGUAUGGUGCGAUCUACGCCGGCACAGCAGUAGGCGGCUUGUUACUUCCGCUACUUCUCCCGAGUCUCAUUGAGAAACGAGGAUCAGCUGUCGCACUCAGGAUCACCGCCAUCGUGUUUGCGGCCUUUCUCCUCCCCUCUUUACCGUUUCUGAAAGGAAGACUACCGGAAUCCAGAAUUCACGGACCAUCUACUCGCUCAUCGUCGGAACCCAAGUGGUACAAGGAUGCCGGCUUCGUCGUCGUCGUUGUCAUCAAUACGUUGCAAGGAUUUGGAUACUUUGUUCCUAUUCUUUGGCUACCCACGUUUGCAAGUGAACUCAAACUCAGCGCGACGAACGCGUCGCUUGCCUUGGCAGUUCUCAACGGUUCCUCGGUCAUUGGUCGACUCGGGAUUGGCGUUCUCUCAGACGCUAUUGACCCUUGGCUACUCGCACUCUCAACAUUGUUCGGGAGUUGCCUUACUACUUUCGUCCUCUGGGGUGUCCUUAGCUAUACCCUCGGCGGAUUAAUUAGCUUCGGGCUCUUCUACGGCUUGGUAGCAGGAGGCUGGUCAAGUUUGUGGACAGGAUUCAUUCGUCCUAUUUCUCCUGAGGAUCCCAAAGUAGCCACCAAGCUGACUGGAUACCUCAUGCUCUCUCGAGGAUUAGGCAAUAUUCUCUCGACCCCUAUCUCCGCAGCACUGGCGAGUAGACAUUUCGAACAUGCUUCGACAUUUUCUCGUGGAAGACUCGGCUUCGACGUUGGCGGUGGACGAUUUGAAAAGAUGAUUAUCUAUACUGGGACUUGCUUUGCCGGAGCGACAAUAUUGGCCGGGUCGGGGUGGUUUAUCGAGAAGAGUCGAGGGAAUAGGAAGGGUGAGAGGUUAGAUUGA